CCAGCAGAAGUCCGCACAUGCUGGAUCUGCCAACAAGAUGACACCGAAGACACACCCGAGAACAACGUCUGGCGAACACCCUGUCCCUGUUCCCUCACAGCUCACGAUUCCUGUCUCCUAGAAUGGAUAGCCAACGAAGAAGCCCCCAAACCCGGUGAGCUUGCUCACAACCACAAGAUCGUCUGUCCGCAAUGCCAAGCACAGAUCAAUAUCCAGCGUCCUAGAGACUACCUCGUUGCCGUCGUGGAAAACAUACAAUGGGCAGCAAAAUGGGCGAUGGUACCCGCAGCUACCAGUGCUACGAUUGGGUUUGCUUACUCGGGACUCUUGGUCUAUGGAAUGAACGCCAUGACAUUAGUCUUCGGUGCAGAAGAAACACAGGAGAUCCUCAGAAACGGAUUCCGAGAAGCAGACCCAGGACCCAUGGGCCCCUACCUCCCCCUCAUCCGAUCCGGCCUACGAGUAAUGGACCCCUUCCUACCCGUAAUGGAGAACUCGAACCCGACACUCUACUACGCGGUCCCUCUCAUCGCUCCCGCCCUCAUCCUCUUCCGCACCAAAGUAGCCGACUACGGCCUCAGCAUCCUCCUAAUCUACCUAAUAAACCCCACCCACCGCACCAUAACCUGGCCCCCAACCCCCGGCCUCACCCUCGCAACGCUCCCCUACAUCCGCUCCCUCUACAACACCCUCUACAGCACCCUCUUCGCGCGCCUCGAGACCUCCUGGGACCUCGCCGUCCAGCGCGCCCCCCGCGCCGGCGAGACCGCCGAGCAGAUCUUCGCGCAGAACCGCGCUGACGCGCAGAACGCCGACGACGGCGGCGCGCGCGCCAUCUUCGAGCUGGAAUGGGUCGAGGAACCGCUCCCAAACCCAGACCCAAACCCAAACCCGCCUCAGAUCGACGGCCAGGAAAACGAGGGCGUGGCUCCUCAACCCAACGAUCCGAAUCCAAACGGUCAAAUUCGAAACCAAAACCUAGCCAUCCAGCGCGACAUCGACCUCCCGACCCUGGCAACAAGAGUUCUCGGUGCGUUGUUCUUCCCCGCUAUAUCAUCCGUCAUGGGAACGCUGCUUAAAUACGCACUACCAAACUCAUUGAUUGCGCCAGCGACAGUUAGUAGAGGGUUCUGGAAGACCGAGGUCGUGUAUAGGGGGCUGUUGAGGGAGAAGUGGGGACGGAGUAUUGUGGGGGGGUGUUUGUUUGUGGUGUUGAAGGAUGCUGUGGUGCUUUAUUGUAAGUGGAAGAAGGCGAGGGAUUUUGGGAAGAGGAGGGUGCUUGAUUUUGUGGGGAAGGGU